GCGUCGCCGCUGCCUGCAUCCGUACUGCUGCUGCUGGGAUUGCAGCUCCGGCUCAUACUACCGCCUCAGUGCUGGCAACACACCGGGAACAUACAUCUCAAGCUAUGGGCUUAAAGACGAAACAAUAAGGAUACUCGAAUUCUCCGUGCUGACGUUGACCUUAACUUCACUUUCUCCAGCCUGGUUUGCACCCCUCUACCGUUGGGUAUGAAUGCACCAAUGAGGAGCCUGACAGGUAUGCCUGAUCGCAUGUUAUGUGCAGUGCUGGAGCAAUUUCAGCUUUACUUUUCCCGUUGAUCCACUCUCUGUAUAGCACUGCGAGCCCCAGCAUGCUGAAGCGCAAGCAGAGCUCGAGGGUGGAGGCUCAGCCCAUGACCGACUUUGGACCGGACGAGACCCUCACGGACAGCGCCGACAUCCUCUGGAUAAACAAAGCAUGGGUCCACUCGCUCCUGCGUGCCUGUGCCAUCAUCAGUGUGAUCUCGGUGUGCAUGAACACGCCCAUGACGUUCGAGCACUACCCCCCGCUCCAGUAUGUCACCUUCACCCUGGACACCCUGCUCAUGUUCCUCUACUCGGCCGAGAUGAUUGCCAAGAUGCACAUCAGGGGCAUCGUCAAGGGCGAUAACUCCUACGUGAAGGACCGGUGGUGCAUGUUUGACGGCUUCAUGGUGAUCUUCCUCUGGGUCUCCUUAGUGCUUCAGGUGUUUGAAAUCGCGGAGCUUGUGGACCAAAUGUCUCCAUGGCGGAUGCUGAGAAUACCGCGAGCCCUGAUCAUGAUUCGGGCCUUCCGAAUCUACUUCCGAUUCGAACUGCCUCGCAGCAGAAUAAAUAACAUCCUCAAGCGGUCUGGCGAGCAGAUCUGGAGCGUGUCCAUCUUUCUGCUGUUUUUCCUCCUGCUCUAUGGAAUUCUGGGAGUUCAAAUGUUUGGCACGUUCAAUCAUCACUGCGUGACCAAUGACACUGUGAAAGGGAGCGUGUCCUGGAACAACCUGGCCAUCCCCGACACCCACUGCUCCCCGGACGGCGAGGGCUACCAGUGUCCAGUUGGCUUCAAGUGUGUGGACCUGGAGGAUCUGGGCCUUAGCAGGCAGGAGCUGGGAUACAGCGGCUUUAACGAGCUCGGUGCGUCCAUGAAUGUGUUCAUCGCCGUCAUCAUCGAGACCUUCGCUGAGAUCCGUGUCCAGUUCCAGCAGAUGUGGGGGUCAAGGAGCAGUACCACCUCCACUGCCACCUCUCAGAUGUUCCAUGAGGAUUCGGCAGGUGGAUGGCAGCUGGUGGCGGUGGAUGUGAACAAGCCUCAUGGCCGUGCUCCCGUUGUCCUGCAGCAACUGAUGCGCUCAUCAGUGUUCCACAUGUUCAUCCUCAGCAUGGUCGCCGUGGACGUGAUCGUUGCCGCCAGCAACUACUACAAAGGCGAGAACUACACAAGAGUCUACGACGAGUUCUACCUGGCAGAGGUUGCCUUCACCGUGCUUUUUGACCUGGAGGCCAUGCUGAAGAUCUGGUGUCUGGGAUUCACCGGCUACAUCAGCUCCUCGCUGCACAAGUUUGAGUCCCUGCUGGUGAUGGGCACCACCCUCCACAUCUAUCCUGACCUCUACCACUCUCAGUUUACUUACUUCCAGGUGCUACGAGUGGUGCGUCUGAUUAAGAUCUCUCCUGCGCUGGAGGACUUUGUGUACAAGAUCUUCGGUCCGGGGAAGAAGCUGGGCAGCUUGUGUGUGUUCACGGCCAGUCUCCUCAUCGUCAUGUCCGCCAUCAGCCUUCAGAUGUUUUGCUUCGUAGAGGAACUGGACCGCUUCACCACCUUUCCCAGGGCCUUUAUGUCCAUGUUUCAGAUCCUGACUCAGGAGGGCUGGGUGGACGUCAUGGACCAGACGCUGGUGGCCGUCGGGAAGGUGUGGGCUCCCGUGGUCGCCAUCUACUUUAUCCUCUACCAUCUGUUCGCCACGCUGAUCCUUCUCAGCUUGUUUGUGGCUGUCAUCCUUGACAAUUUGGAGUUGGAUGAAGACCUGAAGAAGCUUAAGCAGCUGAAGCAGAGCGAAGCCAACGCAGACACUAAGGAGAAGCUGCCGCUGCGUCUGCGCAUAUUUGAGAAGUUCCCCAACCGCCCACAGAUGGUCAAGAUCAACAAGCUGCCCUCGGACUUCUCCGUGCCCAGAAUCAGGGAGAGCUUCAUGAAACAGUUCAUUGAUCGUCAGCAGCAGGACACCUGCUGUCUGUUCCGUAGGCUCCCCUCAGCAUCCUCGUCUUCGUGUGACCACUCCAAGAGGUCGGCCAUAGAGGACAGCAGAUACAUUGACCAGAAGUUGCGCAGGUCGAUAUUCAGCAUCCGAGCACGCAACCUGAUUGAGAAGGAGACUACUGUCAAUAAAAUUCUACGAGCCUGCACCAGACAGCGCAUGCUAAGUGGUUCCUUGGAGGGGGCGCCUGCCAAGGAGCGCUCCAUCUUAAGUGUCCAACAUCACAUCCGCCAGGAGCGCAGGUCAGACAUACACUCUACUAACGGCGGCUUCCGUGCCAAGAUGUACGACAUCACGCAGCACCCGUUCUUCAAGAGGGGCAUCGCCGUCCUCGUCCUGGCCCAGUCUGUGCUGCUGUCCGUCAAGUGGGAUGUGGAUGACCCUGUGACCUUCCCCCUGGCCACCAUGUCUGUAGUCUUCACCUUAAUAUUUGUGUUGGAGGUGACCAUGAAGCUGAUAGCCAUGUCCCCAGCCGGCUACUGGCAGAGCCGCAGAAACAGAUACGACCUGCUGGUCACCUCCCUCGGACUCAUAUGGAUUGUCCUCCACUUCGCAUUGCUGAAUGAAUAUACCUACAUGAUGGGUGCAUGUGUGAUAGUCCUCAGGUUCUUCACUAUUUGUGGGAAGCAUGUAAGUAUGCUGAUGCUGCUGCUGACGGUGGUGGUGAGCAUGUAUAAGAGCUUCUUCAUCAUCGUGGGCAUGUUCCUCCUGCUGCUCUGCUACGCUUUCGCCGGUGUGGUGCUCUUCGGCACCGUCAAGUAUGGAGAGAACAUCAACAGGCACGCAAACUUCUCCACGGCAGGCAAGGCCAUCACCGUGCUCUUCCGCAUCGUCACCGGAGAGGACUGGAACAAGAUCAUGCAUGACUGCAUGGUGCAGCCUCCGUUCUGUACGCCGGACAGCCUCCGCUACUGGGAGACGGACUGUGGCAACUACGCCGGCGCGCUCAUCUACUUCUGCUCCUUCUACGUCAUCAUCGCCUACAUCAUGCUCAACCUGCUCGUGGCUAUCAUUGUGGAGAACUUCUCUCUCUUCUACUCCACUGAAGAGGACCAGCUACUGAGCUACAACGACCUGCGGCACUUCCAGAUCAUCUGGAACAUGGUGGAUGACAAGCGGGAGGGACUGAUCCCCACGUCGCGAGUGAAGUUCCUGUUGCGUCUGCUGAGAGGCCGGCUGGAGGUGGACCUGGACAAGGACAAGCUGCUCUUCAAGCACAUGUGCUAUGAGAUGGAGCGUCUGCACAACGGAGGGGACGUCACCUUCCACGACGUGCUCAGCAUGCUGUCGUACCGCUCGGUGGACAUCCGUAAGAGCUUGCAGCUGGAGGAGCUGCUGGCGCGGGAGCAGCUGGAGUACACCAUCGAGGAAGAGGUGGCCAAGCAGACCAUCCGCAUGUGGCUCAAGAAGUGCCUCAAGCGCAUCCGGGCUAAACAGCAGCAGUCAUGCAGCAUCAUUGACAGCCUGCGAGACGGCCAGCAGCACCUGCGUCAGUUCUUCCCUCCGAGCAUCGAGACCACACUGCCCAGCGAGGAGGUCAACACCAACAACCAGGACAACAAUCCCUCACAGCCAGAGCAGAACAGCGGUCUGCAGACGCUUCUCAGCCCCACACUGUCGGACCGUAGCGGCUACCGGCAGGACUCAUCCGACCUGACUCGCCCCCAGAGAAAGCUGGGGCAGUGGCGCCUGUCUGCAGGCCGCACCAGCAUGAGGUCCAUCACCCUGAAGAUGAACACCGUGAGCGACCAGGCCUCCUCGGGGUCAGAGGUCAAAAAGUGGUGGACGCGUCAGCUGACGGUGGAGAGCGAUGAGAGCGGCGACGACCUCAUCGACUGAUAGCAGAGGAGCGUCACUCCUUCGGCGCGUGACCAGACAGCUCCCAGACACACACAUGGACGACCCUGUGGUCAGGGGCCGACCAUCAAAGCUGCCACCUUUUCAAUCCAUAUCAGACAAUGUGAGAAAAAGAUGACUUUCACUGACUGGCCGCCCGCACACACUUAAGUGUCAGUUCAUUUCGUUAUAUACAGUUGUUGGGCUGUGGAGCUUCGAAGCACUGUGUCAAUAGGCUGGAUGGUUUGUGAAUAAUAUUAUGGCUUUUUUUGGAGAGGAAGAGUGGGGUGCUUAGGUGAGAAAGGAGAAGGUUGCAUUGGUAAUGAGUGGAGUAUUUACACAUGGCAUAUACAUGCUAUGGGGUUCUUUUCUUCAGUGGAAGAGAUAGGUCCUCAGGAAGUAUAUGGGGUCAGUGGCAAUGGUCUAGUGCUAAAGCAAACUCAUCAGAUUAUCCAGUCAUUAUGUCUACAUGAAAGCUAUACAGCACUUCAGACCGUAUUUCUGUGUGUGUGUGUGUUGUGUGUGUGUAUUUGUCCUCAUAUAUUGUGCCAAAUGUCUUGCUACUGUAAAUCUCUUGUGUCUUUCUAUAUGUGGGUUUGAUACUACAGAGGGUAUAUUAUCCAGAGAGCUGUCUGUAAAAGCGAAAGUUUCAAAACUGGCUACGGCCAUGAAUGUAAAGGAAUUAUAUGUGUAUGUGUGGUUGUGUAAUGUCCUAUAUAUAUACAUCGAAAAGAGUAUAUUUUAUAAGUAACCUAUAUAAAUGAAAUCAGAAUUUAUUAGAAUUACGUGAUUUUAAAUAAAGGCUUUAU